CCUCAUGCGUCCAAUGAAGGCACACGCUGACUCAGCAAAUGAGCCAAGCAUCAAUAAACACACGUCACACACACACACACACACACACACACAUAGAAAUCAAGGUGUCUCGGAGGGUGUUUGAUUUGACCCCCUGCAUGUCUGACAUGUGGAAACUCAUAAAGCAACACUGAAUGAACAUUACUGAACAAUAAUGAAUUAAAAUGAACAUCAACAAACUAUCUGAUCCAACUGUUGUGAGAUCACCCUCCUCAGCCUUCCUGGUAAGGUCUAUUCAGGGGUUCUGGAGAGGAGGAUCCGCCGGAUAGUUGAACCUCGGAUUCAGGAGGAGCAGUGUGGUUUUCUUCCUGGUCGUGGAACUGUGGACCAGCUCUGCACUAUCAGCAGGUCCUUGAGGGUGCAUGGGAGUUUGCCCAUCCAGUCUACAUGUGUUAUGUGAACUUGGAGAAGGCAUUCGACUGGGUUCCUCGAGGAAUUCUGUGGGGGGUACUCCGGGAGUAUGAGGUAUCUCAUCAGCUAAUUCAGGCUGUUCGUUUCCUGUAUGACUGGUGUCAGAGUUUGGUUCGCAUUGCCGGCAAUAAGUCAGACACGUUUCCAGUGAGGGUUGGACUCCGCCAGGGCUGCCCUUUGUCACUGAUUCUGUUCAUUACUUUUAUGGACAGAAUUUCUAGGUGCAGCCAGGGCGUUGAGGGGUUCCGGUUUGGUGGCCGCAGGAUUGGGUCUGUGGUCCUGCUGGCUUCAUUGAGCCCAUGUCGAUGUCCAUGGUUCUCGCCAGGAAGAGGGUGGAGUGCCAUCUCUGGGUCAGGGAUGAGAUCCUGCCCCAAGUGGAGGAGUUUAAGUACCUUGGGGUCUUGUUCACGAGUGAGGGAAGGAUGGAACGUGAGAUCGACAGGAAAAUUGGUGCGGCGUCUGCAGUGAUGCAGACUCUACAUCGGUCCGUUGUGGUCAAAAGACAACUGAGCCAAAAGGCAAAGCCCUCAAUUUACCGGUCGAUCUACGUUUCUACCUUCACCUAUGGUCAUGAGCUUUGUGUGGUGACCGAAAGGACAAGAUUGCGGGUGCAAGCGGCCGAAAUGAGUUUUCUCUGUAGGGUGGCUGGGCUCUCCCUUAGAGAUAAGGUGAGAAGCACUGUCAUGACCAUGAGUAGAACCGAGACUCGGAGUAGAACCGCUUUUCCUCCACAUUGACAGGAGCCAGAUGAGGUGGCUUGGGCAUCUGGUCAGGAUGCCUCCCGGACACCUCCCUGGGGAGCCCAAUCGGUAGAAGGCCUCAGGGAGGACCAGGACAUGCUGGAGAGACAAAGUCUCUCAACUGGCCUUGGGAUCUGACGGGAGGAGCUGCACGAAGUGGCCGGGGAGAGGGAAGACUGGGCUUCCCUGUUUAGGCUGCUGCCCCCGCGACCCAACCUCGGAUAAGCGGUAGAAGAUGGAUGGAUGAACAAAAAUGAACAUUAACAACGAACAAAAACAAAUAAUAAUGAACAUUAAUAAACAUUCAUGAACAAUAAGGGACAAAAAUAAACAUGAAUAAAUAUUACUGAACCUGAACUAGUGGUUAGCAUGUUGGACACACGGUCAAGAGAUUGAGAAGACCUGGGUUCGAAUCUCCGCAUCUCCGUGUGGAGUUUGCAUGUUCUCGUGCGUGGGUUUUCUCCGGGUACUCCGGUGUCCUCCCACAUUCCAAAAACAUGCAUGUUAGGUUAAUUGGUGGCUCUAAAUUGUCCAUAGGUAUGAAUGUGAGUGUGAAUGAGCUGGGAUAGGGUCCAGUAUACCCCCGCAACCCUAAUGAGGAUAAGCGGCAUAGACAAAGAAUGGAUGGAUGAACGGUUGCUGUGUAGUACUUUUUGUCCAUUGAAAGCUGCUUGGCAAACAACACACAUACAGACACACACACACACACACACAGACCGUGUAAACAGUGUUGUUGUACUUUGGAAUCGUGUGUGGAAGUGAGUGAAGCAGAUUCAAAAUGGCGACUGCGUGUUUGGCGGUUUUGGGCCUCUUGCAAACACUUGUAUUAUACUCCGGCGUCACGGCGGCAAAUACAGCAGGUGGUGUCUUUGUGUCGCGUCAGACUGCGCACGGCGUGCUGCAGCGCCAGCGCAGGUACAACAGCGGCCACCUUGAGGAGGUGCUGGUGGGCAACCUGGAGCGCGAGUGCCGGGAAGAGACGUGCACCCUCGAGGAGGCCAGGGAAGUGUUUGAGAACGAGGAGAAAACUAUGGAAUUCUGGGCAGGAUACGUUGAUGGAGACCAGUGCAAGCCCCCCCCUUGCCAGAAUGAUGGUGUGUGUCAAGAUGGGGUCAAUUCGUACGUCUGCUGGUGUAACGAAAACUUUGGCGGCAAAAACUGUGAGAUUGAGGUCAACAAGCAGUGCUCGGUCAACAAUGGGGGGUGCUCACACUUCUGCGUGAUGGAAGCGGAGCUUGCACUGUGCCGCUGUGCACCUGGAUACACACUUGGAGAUGACUUGAGGACUUGUGAGCCGACAGGAGAGUUCAGCUGCGGUAAGCUCGGAGGCUCCUCUCAGACGCCACGCACAUCCAACAGGACGUACACCACACACAGCAACUCCAGCAUCGACGAGGAUGACGUCAUCCCGGACGAGUGGCUCGAUUACGAAUACAACCUUGAUGCGAACCAAACACUGAAGGUCAACACUUCGCUGGGGUCAGACGUCAAGGGCCGGUCAGUGAGGUCAGCAUCCGGCGAGAGCACACAAGCAUCUCUGGCGUCCUUCUUCCCCACUCUUCCCUCCAUCACGGCGCAGGAGAACAGCGACCAGAGGAUCGUGGGAGGACGCGAGGUCGUCGCCGGAGAGGUUCCUUGGCAGGUGGCCCUCAUGUCCCACUCAGACUCGCUCCAGUUAGCAGAAGUGUUCUGUGGUGGUUCUCUGCUCAGUGCCAUGUGGGUCAUCACGGCAGCGCACUGCGUGGUUCAGGCCAAACAGUCUGGGAAGAACUUCUUUGUCAGAGCGGGCGAGCAUGACGUGAAAGUGUUGGAGGGUCCAGAGCGAGACUACGAGGUGGCUGAGGAGCACGUGCACCCCCUUUACAACUUCCAGAAGUCGCCGUACAACCACGACGUGGCUCUGCUGAAGCUGGCCGGCCCCGUGGAGUUGUCUCAGCAGCGCCGGCCCAUCUGCCUCGGACCCAGAGACUUCACGGAGAACAUUUUGCAGGACACUAGCAGCUCGCUGGUCAGCGGAUGGGGGGUCCUCAACUUAGGAGGUCUUCAGGCCACCAAACUACAGAAGGUGGAGGUUCCCUUUGUGGAGCGCACAGAGUGCAAGCAGAGCAGCCGUCAGAAAAUCACACGCUUCAUGUUCUGCGCCGGCUUCCAGAACCAGCGCAAGGACUCGUGCCAAGGGGACAGCGGGGGGCCGCACGCCACCAAAUACAAAGACACGUGGUUCCUGACCGGCAUUGUCAGCUGGGGCGAGGGAUGCGCCACAGACGGCAAGUACGGCAUCUACACGCGCCUCUCCCGCUACUAUCGCUGGAUCAGCGGCACCACAGGCAUCAAAGCGCAUGCUUGACCACUUCCUGUUCUUCGAAGCUCAUGAUCAUGAGCUUCAUCCUGUCCACGCAGUCAUAGUGAAAUAUUACAAACAAUAAAGAAACAUGAAGGAAA